UAUGGAAGGACGCCAGAUGGGGAAAAGAAAGUUCACUACUAUAAUGAAAUAAGCGUUUGUAUAUCAUGUGGACUACUUCUAGCGGCAAUCCARAACGUUGGCCUGGUAACAGUUACAAGUACGCCCAUGAAUGCUGGACCCAGGCUUCGUGAACURCUGAAUCGCCCGGCCAACGAAAAGCUUCUACUGCUGUUACCAGUUGGUUAUCCWGCAAAAGAUGCCUACAUACCAGACUUAAAGAGGAAGCCUUUGAGUGAAAUUAUGGUGCAUAAGUGACUAUAGAAAUUUAUCCAAAAUAUAACAAAAAGUCAUGUCAUGUGAUUCAAACGUUUACUUUCAUUGGUCGAAAGUGGACCACAUGACAAUAGUGUGCUCGCCGUGSAGGGAUACUAUCAGUGCAUAGAGCCAGUCCCCUUUGUUGUUAUCCCCUAUAUUUCGUUGCUGAAUAAUAAAAACAAUAGAGCAG